CAACCGAGCUGGUACCUCUGAGAGCUGUAGGACCAUCUCUCAGAGCAAUGGAUCCUUGGGGACUCACUACUACUGCCCUCCUGGCUUGUGUUGUUUUCCUGAUCUUAUCACUAUGGAACCAAGGAUUCAAAAGGGGGAAGCUCCCACCAGGUCCCACUCCUCUUCCCUUUAUUGGCAACAUUCUGCAAUUGGAUUUCAAAAACAUCACUACAUCAUUUUCACAGUUGGCUGAAAAAUAUGGCCCCAUCUAUACUCUUUAUAUUGGAACCCAGCCUGUUGUGGUGCUACAUGGAUAUAAUGUUAUGAAGGAAGCUUUAAUUGAUCAAGGAGAUGUUUUUAUGGAGAGAGGAGAUAUACCAAUAUUUGAAGAUUUAGCCAGAGGACAAGGACUUGUUUUCAGUCAUGGCGAGCGGUGGAAACAAAUCCGCAGAUUUUCUCUCAUGACCCUAAGGAACUUCGGAAUGGGGAAAAGAAGCAUUGAACAAAGAGUUCAAGAAGAAGCCCAAUGUUUGGUGCAGGAGCUCAGGAAAACAAAGGGUCAGCCCACUGAUCCCACGUUCAUCCUUAGCUGUGCCCCAUGCAAUGUGAUCUGCUCUAUUCUUUUCCGUGAUCGAUUCAAGUACAAUGAUGAGAAAUUUCUAUAUCUGAUGAACUUGUUCAAUGAAAACUUUCAUCUCUUUAACAAACCAUGGAUUCAGCUCUACAACUUUUUACCAGCAUUCAGAGCAUACCUCCCAGGAGAACAUAAAAGAAUUUUUAAAAUUUUAGAGGAAAUUAAACGUUUCAUUUUGGAAAGAGUGAAGGAGCACCAAAAGAUACUGGACCCCAACAACCCACAAGACUACAUUGACUGCUACCUCUCCAAAAUGCAGCAGGAAAAAGAUAAUCCACAGUCUGAAUUUGAUUUGGAGAAUCUAGCAAUGACUGCAGCAGAUUUAUUUGGUGCAGGAACAGAGACAACGAGCAGCACUCUGAGAUAUGGCCUGCUGCUCAUUCUGAAACAUCCUGAGGUCCAAGCAAAAAUUCAUGAGGAAAUUAAUCGUGUGAUUGGACAUAAUCGAGUUCCUUCCAUAAAGGACAGACAAGAUAUGCCCUAUAUGGAUGCUGUGGUGCAUGAGGUGCAAAGAUUCAUUGACCUCCUGCCUCUGAACCUGCCUCAUGCAGUGACUCGGGACAUCCAAUUCCAACAAUAUGUACUCCCCAAGGGCACAACAAUCUACCCCCUGCUCUCUCCAGUCUUGUAUGACAGCAAAGAGUUUCCCAGCCCUGAUCAGUUUGACCCACAGCACUUCCUGGAUAGGAAUGGGAAAUUCAAGAAAAGUGACCACUUCAUGCCAUUUUCUAUCGGGAAACGGUCCUGUGCCGGAGAGGGCCUGGCGAGGAUGGAGUUAUUUUUAUUCCUUACUACCAUUCUACAGAAUUUCACCCUCAAACCUGUUGGGGAUCCAAAGGAAAUUAGUAUCAAGAGCAAUUACGUUGGGAUCACCAACGUUCCACCACAUUACCAAUUAUGCUUUCUUCCUCAUUAAGGAAGAACAAAAAGUUGAUGUGGUAAAUUAAGCAGUUGGUUUCAUCUUCUAUACUCAAUACUGUCCUGUUUUUAUUGUAAUUUCCUUGGAGGGAAAGAAAAAUUCCCACCUCUUGAUUAAAAUCAGUCUUAAAUUUCAGAGACAAGAGAGGCUUGUAGAAUCUCUUGUAUGUCAUUAUGUAAUAGGGGCUGUGUUAUAGCCAUUCAUGUGUAACCCUCUCACCAACAUUUGCAGCCCCAUCCUCAAUUCUAGAAUUAGGGUAUGGGGGAGAUAUGUAAAAUAUCAUCCCAAACCAUAUUAGUUUGUACUUUUCAGAUUUCCUCACCCGUGAUCUUGUUUUGUAUUGUAGAGUUCUUGUAGGUGAAUUUGGUGUACAAUCAACAGGGCUGUGUUGCUAAUAACUCCUGAUAUGCAAAUCUCUGCUUGGACUUCCAUACAUUGAUGAUUCAUGACUUCAAAGGUGGAAUGAUGAUAUGGAAGAAUUCCUGGCUUUGGGAGCAGAGGACCUGAGAUCAAUCCUAUCUGUAAUGAUAACCUGUGUGGCCUUGGGCAAGUCACUUCACCAUGUAUUCUCAUAUCAGCUUCUUCAUCUCUAUAAUGAAUGGGUUGGACCACGUGAGCUCAGAAUUCCCUAAUGAGUCUCCAUCUAUAAUACUUUGAUUAGUGGGGAUAGUCUAUUCAUCCAUGCUUUAGGUCCUAAUUCCAUCUCUCAUUUCACUUUCCUCUUUUCAGCAUAUUGCCUCAGUAGUGAACCAGUUACUUUUUAACCUGUCCUUCACUUUCAAAUACCUAUGUCCUAUGGAGACAUGCAUUUCCUUACCAAAUUCCAGCACAGAAUUAUUCCUGCUACUUGCCUUCUCUGUUACUAGAACCUUGCUACUAAACACAGAUCUCUUUUCCAACUGACUACUUCCUCUUUUCAGCAUCUAUUCUGAGAUUUCUCCCCUCUACUGAGGCCUUUCCCAUCAUUUCACUCAAUCCAUCACUCCCAUAAGAUUGAACUUAAUACAUAACUGAAAAAAACUGUCACUAUGCAUUGCUAAUGUAUUCUUUUCUAAAAUUCUUUCUUGUAAAUCACCUCUCCAUCAUCACACACCCACUUCCUUUCUUUUGUUCCAAUAUGAUAGAAGGGGUGGAGAGGAAAAAAAAAGGUAAAAUUUCUCCUUGCACCCUCAAGGCCCACUAUGUGGACCUUUGACCUUACCUACCCCUCUCUCCUCUGAGAGGUUGCACCCUCUAACCUCCACUGUCUUUUCCUAAUUUUCAAUUUCUCUUCAUGCACUGAUUCCUUUCCUACUGCUUUCAAAGAAAUGCACUUCUCCUUCAUCCUUAAACCAAACCAAACAAAUCAAAAAUCUCAUUCCCAGAGAUUCCCUGAUUGUUUCUCACUGUAUGUAUUUUUCUCAGUAAUCUUUCAACUCUGAAAUUACGAAAUAUGCCUUUUUGAAUAUCUGCUGAGUUAAGAACAGUUCCUUCAGUUCAGUGGAAAAGGAAGGUUUGCUUCAAUUUCUAGGAGGUGCAGGACAUCUGAUUCUUGAAUGACUGGAUUUUCAUCUCAAAGGUACAAGAAUUCUGAGUUACACAGAGCUAGCAGGAAAGCACCUGUCAAUGAUCUGUUCAGCCCCCAUUAUAUUGCCUUCAUCUUUCUUUCUUCCUUUCCAUGGCCAAACUUAUCAAAAAAAAACUAUCCCCAUUGGUUUCUUUCUUACCUCUUUGUGUCCCCUUUUGAUUUUUUCUCAGCAAUGAUCCUGGAGGGGUCUGCCAUUACUUCUCUACUUCCCUUAAUGGAUGAGGAACUCAGACAAACAGGGUCAAGUGCCUUGCCCAAGGUGACAUAUCUAGUAAGUCUCUGAGGCCAGAUUUGAACUCCGAAAAAUAAGUCUUUCUCAUUCUUAGUCUAGUGAUCUAUGCACUGCCUCACCUAGGUACAAAGAUCAACAACAGUGAGGAAUCAGAAGGGACUAUACAAUGAUACAGUAUUUAUACCUCUCAUCUGUAGCCCCAAGAAGCUGUAUCAAGUACAAUGGCCAAAUGCUGGUAAAACCAUCUUGGCACAUCAGCUAAACCAAGCUGAGUGUAACUGACAGGUCUCAAACCUGUUUGUGACUUAAGGGGAUGUCUACUCAAAGCAUAUAAAGACUUCCCCUAGUAGAAUGGAAGGAUGAGAACAAAUUGUUUUAAUGGCCAUGAAGGCAGCUGGGCCUUAGACAGACAUCAAAGAGGCCAAGGCCAUCUAAUGUAUCCUGAGCCAUCACCAGUUUUUCUGAUUUUUGUCUUGCCAUGGACUUUGAUGACACUGGAAGAGAGUAAAGCUGAUAAAUCCCUGAUUAAAGGCAAUCCAUAAAGAAGGCAAGACAUCACCCUAAGAUGUCAUUGGUCCCCUUCAAAAAGAAAGGAUGAACCACAAAUUACAUACUGAAAUGUAAAGAUAUUACCACUUCUCAAAUUCCUAAUGUCCUUAUGGGUCAUAGAAACUAUUGAACAAAGAGCUUGGAAAUGUUUUUGUUAUGUAUUGAUGACCACCAAAGAAGAAACAAAAGGGAGGAAACAGGAAUACCCUAGGGGAAACAGAUAGAGAUUGAUUGGGGAUGCUUUAUGUCAUAUAACUGAAAGGGGGAAAUAGAAGGUUUUAUACAGAUGAUGAAAGAUUUUGUAUUUCUGAACUUGUGGUUUAAAUAUGAAGAAUGGCAAACUCCUGGCUUAAGGAUAGCAUUCACGUCACAUGGACUGGUAAGGGUUUAUAUGCCUGUAGUCUUUGAAAUCUCUUCAAAAGGGAUUAAAAUUAAAAAUAAAGAGAGGGAAAGAAACUA